AGCGGGUGCAGGCCGUUACUGUGGGCUGACCGGCCCCGCGGAGCAGCGCUGCGGGGGAACAUGCUGCGGGUCUUCACGGAGAUCCAGCAUCAACUCCGCUGAGAGAAAACGAAAACGCACCAUUUAAAAGGCAGCAGUUCAGGCAUCAGGGCUUCUCCACCCUUUCAGCGAGGAUCUGUAAUUUACACGACAACAGCGGGGCGCCCGUCGGAUCUCCAUUGGACUCUGCGCUGGAUCUCCCACAGCGCUGCUGCUGCUGCUGCCGCCGCCGCCGCUGCUCCAUCACCAAACCCUUAACGCCAAAAGCAAGAGGAGGAGGAGGAGGAGGAGGAGGAGAAGAAGAAGAAGAAGAAGAAGAAGAAGAAGAAGAAGAAGAAGGCGCUCUGAUUUCCGUGCCAUGUGCAGAACGACAUGUAUGUGUGAAUUCACGCGGUGACAGGACGGUAGAGGGGAAUGGAGCAGUUGCCAUCAAAUUCCUGCAGACGCACCGACGGUGAUAAAGGGGAGGCUGUCGUGUAGAGAGAGAGAGAGAGAGAGAGAAGACCUUCAUACGCAGCAGCCAAUCCGAGAGAUUCGUUUUUUAUUGCCAGCGAAAAGGGAUCAGGUGUCGCCUCUCAUUUCAACCACAACAAUGGGGGAGCAGCCCAUCUACAGCACGAGGGCCCACGUCUUCCAGAUCGACCCCAACACCAAGAAGAACUGGCUGCCCACCAGCAAGCAUGCCGUCACCGUCUCCUACUUCUACGACAGCACACGCAACGUCUACCGCAUCAUCAGCCUGGAUGGCACCAAGGCAAUAAUCAACAGCACCAUCAGUCCCAACAUGACGUUCACAAAGACCUCACAGAAGUUUGGCCAGUGGGCGGACAGUCGAGCUAACACCGUCUACGGCCUGGGAUUCUCCACUGAGCAUCAUCUAUCCAAGUUUGCAGAGAAGUUUGCAGAGUAUAAAGAAGCAGCACGGCUCGCUAAAGAGAAGAGUCAAGAGAAGAUGGAGAUGGCUACGUCUCCUUCUCAGGAGUCUCCAGCAGGUGAGCUCUCGUCACCUUUGACCCCAGUGACUCCACCCAUGGAAAACAUCAAUGGCACAGAUGAAAUCUGUGACACGACUCCCAACUCAGACACCCGCCCAGAGCCGGCGCAGAACGCACUGGCCUUCGCACACAGCCCCGCCAUGACAAAACACUGGGAGGCUGAGCUGGAGGCACUAAAGGGGAACAAUGCCAAGCUAACAGCAGCUCUGCUGGAGUCCACAGCCAACGUCAAACAGUGGAAACAACAACUGGCUGCCUACCAGGAGGAGGCCGAGAGACUACACAAACGGGUGACAGAGCUUGAGUGCCAGAGCAACCAAACCCCAGUGAUCAAAUCCCAGAAAACUGAACUCAACCAAACCAUAGAGGAACUGGAGACUACGCUAAGGGAUAAAGAAGAGGAAAUGGAAAAGUUGAAAGAAGAAUUAGAAAACAUGAAUGACCUGAUGGAGCAGAAAGACACUCUUACACAGAAACUUGAGGAGACAGAGCUGCGCAGCCGGGUGCUGGAAGAACAGCUGGCGGGUGCAGAGCAGCGGCUGGAGGAGAACCAAGAGGAACAGGAGAAUUUCAGAAAGAGCCUGCGGACGCUGCUGGAGCUGCUGGACGGCAAGAUCUUUGAGCUGACGGAGCUCAGAGACACCUUGGCUCGGCUCAUUGAGGAGGCCAGCUAGAGGCGGAGCUGCCUAACCUACACAGACAGAGCCAUAUGAUAAAUUUACACCCCUGACUCACCCACAUCAAUCUACCUUACCCCACCACACCCCCGCCUUUCUCCUACACCGGACACACAUUAGAACUGAGACACUGCACUGCCCCCAAUUCUGAUUUUUGCUCAAAAAAAGGGCAGCUAAUUCCCCCAGUUUUUACCUUGCAGGCAUCGAGCUCCAACCAACAGCAGGCGCUCCUGUAGUUCAAGACAACGCAGGGACUACCUCAUCUCGCCUUCUGAUUGGCUGGUGUAGGCGUAACCUUGGUUGAAUUGAUCUCUCCAGUCAUAGAGAUGCCUGCUGUGGCACACUGCAACUGCCCCCCCACAAAAAAAAAAGUUAAACUUGAGAACUGCGCCUCAGUGCCAUCUGCUGUUCGACUGGGAGAGCUGCACCAAAGACUGCAGCAUCACAACAUCUCUCUCUCCCUAACACACACACACACACACCGUUUUUCUUCCUCUCUAAACUGCCCCCCACCCCCCACCCCCAAGGGGAAUGUUGAAAGUCAUGUGGAAAUAAUUGCUGUUAAGACUCAGAGAACUGCGCCAAAGCUGCCAAAAUCCCCCCCCCCCCCCCCACAAAAAAAUAUUGUCCUCUAACUAGCAGAUGCUUUGAUCCAAAGUGACUUACUGUACAGAGAAGUGCUGAACAGAGAAACAGAGUCUCACAUCUGAGCUCGGGCUGCCAGGGGAGUGUCACUGGAAACAGAGAAUUAUAGGACGGCUAUCAACAAAUCGCUCAGUCUUACCUGUCGACCCCGGAGUGACAUCAGUGCUGCUCCCCAGCCUGGACGCACAAGGCUGCUUGGAAACGGGAGCUCGGUUUACUUCUCAAGUGAAAAUGAAAGACUGCUAUGUAUCCACAGCCUAUUUAAAAUUCUACAUGAUAGAUGAGUAUUGGAUCUUCCAGAGGCAUUGCUCGUAUCACACAGAAAAUUUUAAAGGGCACGUGCCCCGUGUUAGAUUUGACAUGAGAAUUCCUGUAUCCAGACUGCUUCCACCGUCUCAGACAACUGACCUGUCUUCCUGCCAAACUCAGUGUGGUGUGUGUUUCUGAACAAGGCCUGACGUUUGCUUGACAUAAUGUGUGCCUUUAAAGCACACAUACAGUAGGUGGAGACAUGUAUGUAUAUAAUACGCGUGUGUGUGUUUUCACGUGGUGAGAGAAAGAUCCCAGGUUUUUGGACAUCAAGGCCUACACACACACUUUCACUCACACGCACACUGAGCAAUACCAGACAGGCUCUAUACGACACCUCUUAUCUAACUAUCAGGUACUCUACUCAGUGGACUCAUGCAGAUAGGUUCAAAUGCAACUCAGCUGAUCUCCCCCCCCAACGUCCGACAGAAAGUGUACUACUGUUGACCGCGAACCUGUGUGGCAGCCCUGUCUAGUCGACGUAGUGCAUCGUGAAGGGCUUACAGAGCGUCAUCUACAUGUUCGUAAAAAUCUCCACCCUCAGUGAAACUGGCCACAGAUUUUCACUCUCCACGGGUGAAUACAGAACUGUACUCAGUUUCUAUUCUUUUUUUACACAGGAUAUAAUACUGAUGAUAUAAUUAUACAACUGUAUAGGACAACUUUCUACUCAUGAUGACAUUGUAAAUGAAUGGAUGGAUAACUCAAAUGCAGUAACACCCUGCAGUGGCUUAUUGUUGUGUAUUAACCCAUGGGGGAAAAAAAAGUAUUGCAUAGUUAUUAUAGAGUAUCUAGUCUGUAGGUAAACGAUGAAAACCUCUUCAAUAUAUAUGUAAAGUGCGUAACAACACAAUGUAAACACAUAGUGUUAUACGUUCUGUACCAAAAUAUUCACUUAUAAAGCAGCUCCUGUAACCGUAAAAUGCAAAACUGCGUCUAUAAAACCUCUUCCUUUUAAAUCACUAAAUUUCUAAAAUGCUACGUGCUCACAUGAAGUGCUGCUUUUCUUACCUUUCAAUUGAGCACCCUGUUUGCACUGUGUUAUUACACUGUUGUAACUCCAUUAUAUAUCAAGAGAUUUGCAUUAAGUCCUAGCACAGCAUAAUUCUGUACUUAAAAUAUUGUAGUUAGUUACACAGGUUAAUACACUGGAAUAAGAUCCAUGUAAAGGGAAAUGUUACCUGAUUUUUUUUUCUUUCUGGUUUAACUUUGACAGUCAAAUGACAGAGAUGGAAUACCUUAAUAUUAAUGCUAUUGUUAAUGAAUGCCUUUGUACAGUAGUGGAUAAGAAGCUUUUCAUUCUCCUGUUUUGUAACUUAUGGUAUUUAAAUGUAGGUAUUAUUAUUGUAUUUAGAGGUAUGAGAAGACUGGCAAUAUUUUUGACUAUUUAAAGUAAUUUUGAACUCAUGAUAUUAAAGAGGUACCUCAGGCUAAAAGAUG